CUUGUUUAUUAUUUUGUAACUUUUUACUUGAUCUUAGUAAAAGUAUUGUCCAGCUGAUGGAUAUUUUUUAUUUUUUUUCCUAUGGAAAAAAUGGACUUCUUUUACUUCCUAAAGGUUUUGCUAGUAUUUAUUACUGCUAGAAACUUUUGAGCUAAGAUUUGGGCCAGCUGUGUAGUUCAGCAGCCCAGAAGGGACUCCCAGACUUUUCAUACUGUGACUCAGUUAACUCUGUUUACACAGCCGACUCCAUUCAUUCACUGAACCCAAUCACACCCUUUGAGAUGGCCGAAAGAUUUUAACAGCUUAUCAGGGUAGGCUGUCAGAUUCAUUAGAACUGAACAUUUACAAUUGUACAGCACUUUCAAUGUGUAUAUGCAUAGAGGCAUACAUACACAAACAGCUGGAAAAGGAGGUGGAGACAUCUGGUCAUUUAGAAGGCAUGCAGCAUCAUCUGAGCUGGCAACCAGUGGAUUCUUAAACUACUUCCAUCAUGUUGAUUCACUGGAGAAAUGAGCUUCCUGGUUCAGACAUGCCAAAUUAUCAACUGGUUCUUUUGUUCUUUGUGCUCAUCUCGGCUGCUUUGGAGUGGCAAGUGCCCAAGGACCCGAAGGAAUUUGCUGUUGGGCAUUGCUUUUGUGAUAUAUCUGGGCUUCCUCGUCAGUCAAGUAGGUCGUGUUGUACCACAACAUAGAACAGGACUAUUGAAAGCAAACUCCUGGAAUCUUCAAGAUGUUGCUCAGCCUCAUUUUUCUGAAAUCCCAUUGGAUGGCACCUGGUCAUUUUCUGACCUUGAAAAAUCCCAGAUGGGGACAAAUAACACGCCAAUGUUGCCUAAUGUGGUAUACAUCACUUUGCGGUCCAAGAGGAGCAAACCUGCCAAGAUUCGAGGCACUGUGAAGCCCAAGCAAAGAAAGAAGCAAGUAUUGCCUUUGCAGCAUGGGAAUAAGAACUCAGUGGGUGGCACAGUCCAACGUAAGUCAUUUUAUGGCAAAUCUGUGAGCAAGAGGAGAGGAGCAGUAGUUCCAGAGAAAGCAAGGCAGAAACAACAGCAAAAAGAAAAACAAAUGUCUCAAAAUACAAACCACUGGAGACCUGAAAUGAUUAUAAGAGGCCUAAAUGUUCAAACUAAUGUUCAGGAGAGUAAUAUCAGGAUGUACAGUGACAGCCCACCAUCUUGGUUGAGUAAAGAGGACAUCCUAAGUAUGCGUUUUAUGGCAGAUUCCAAAAUAAACAGUAUCCAAGAAGUGCCUUCUCAACAUGGAGUACUUCUGGUAUUUGGGAGAAAAGAAGUUGAUAAUAAGUCAGUCAAAGAAGACAUAUGUAGCCAAGGUCACUGUGGCAUCAUCAAAAGACCUCUUGACAUGAGUGAAGUGUUCGCUUUCCAUUUGGAUAGGAUCCUGAGACUGAAUCGGACUUUGCCUACCAUAAGCCGAAAAUUGGAAUUUGUACAAGAUGAUGGACCACGCCCUGUCAUUCUUUGGGAUCCCUCCUUGGCUCAGACAGACAAUGAGACACAGUCUUCACUGAGACUCACCUGGGGAGCUUACAAGAAACAACUAAAGGAAAAGUGCUGGCAAAAUGGCAAAGUACCCAAAACAGAAUGGGGAUGCACAGAUAUCCAUCACCAGGAAUGGUCCAAGAUGGCACUUCUUGAUUUUCUGUUACAGAUCUACCAUCGCUUGGAUAAGAACUGUUGUGGAUUCAAACCACGUAAAGAGGAUUCCUGUGUACAAAAAGGGCUGAAUCUGCAAUGCGAUGACCCAGACAACAUAGCCUUGACCCACAUUAUCCAGAGAAAGGAUGACCCAAGGCAUUUGGUCUUUAUACAUAAUAAAGGUUUCUUUGACAGAAGUGAAGAUAAUCUGGAUUUCAAAAUAUUACAAGGCAUUAAUGAGUUCCCUGAAUCUGCUAUUUCUAUGCUGAAAAGUCACCACUUGCGGGAAAAGCUUCUUCAAUCUUUGUUCCUGGACAGAAUUUUUUGGGAUAGCCAAGGAGGGCGCCAAGGCAUUGAAAAGUUGAUUGAUGUUGUAGAGCAGAGAGCCAAAAUACUUCUCACCUACAUUAAUGCUCAUGGAGCCAAAGUGUAUCCAAUGAAUGAAUGAGUCUGCAUUCAUGGAAGUAAGACACACACUGAUGUAAAAGUUCUUGAUACAUUUAUGUUGUAAUCUUAUAUACUUGGCUGAAUGUAAAUCUUAGGCUUAUGGGCUUAUUUAUAUUUAUACAUUUAUUCUGACAAACCUCAAACAUAUGAGAAUUAAUUAUCAGACUUCACAUUUUAAAAAUACAUAUUGCUAAGGUGUUUUUGUUUUAUAAAAGCAUCUUUUAACUCCUGGAUUGCAUGUAUUCAGAUAUAAGUGCAAAUUAGACUUCUUUUACCUACUCUUCCUAUGCUAAUCUCCAGUUACCUGAAAAUGGUGUAUCGAGAUUGCAGGAUUAUUCUGAAAAGGAUGAGUUUGGGUGUGGGGAACAGGGAUAAUCCCUAAAAACCAAAAUAGAGGUACCUUCUGUGGGCAUAGUUUUGCUUUCAGAAGCCAUUGUGUUCCUUUCCAGGGAGCACUCUGUUCCCUUAAGCCCACUUGCUCCCUUGCUCCACCUAUUCAGCAGGAUCCCAUAUCUUUGUGAAGUAUUUUUGAAAGGCUGGUUAUGUUCCUGUUGAAAGGAUCAAUGGGGAAACCCUCUUCUACCAGCCUAGUUGCAUUUGACAUCAGCUGAAAUCAACCAUAGUAGAUUUCCCUCUAUUUGUUUGAUUUUAUUGGGAAUAAAACUGUUGGAGAGAAAACUACACUUAUGACAAAAGUUGCAACUCUCUGACUAUUAAUUUCACUGAGACUGUUCUGAAAUAAAUAGUUGUUACGAUAGUUGCAAAUACUUGCUUAAUUAAAAUACAUAUAUAGAAGGGGUUCUGUUUUUUUCCCAGUGAAAAUGAUGGACCUCAUGUUGACAUUUAAAUUCAGCUCUAACAUUUAGUAAACUCACUAAAUUCACUCUUGUAAUUAGAAGUAUGUUGUUAAAUUUAUAAACAUAUAUGCCAUCCAAAUAAGUCUAUAUUUAAUGCAAUGUUAAAAUAUUUCUUUGUUUGAAUGUUUACUUGUUUUGAUAAGUAUGUGAUAAUAACUGGCAUCAAUAUUCAUUGGUUGAUUCAGUAUAGCUCCAGUGCUACCACCUCUUCCUUCUGGCUCACAUUUUCCCUUUACGGUCACCAAGCCAAAAUACUGUAUCUUUGCAUUACAGUUGUUAUGUCAGAAUAUUGCAAUACGAGUAGAAGACCUUCCUGUCAGAAUUCCUCUGAACAUCAUUUAGGCCAUCCUAGAGCCCUGUUCAGGCAAAAAAAAAAAAGAUUAAAAAUCACAAUUCGUGCGGGGAUGAUGAUCCUCUCCCCUUCCAAGGGGUACUUAACUUUCAAAGUCACCCAUGCUUUCAACAAAGAUGUCACCAGCAAAAAGAAUUUGCAUCUAUAUACAAAGACUUCCAUAAGAAAAAUAACCCUGUCUAGCAGAGAUCAAACUCAUGUGAAAAUCCUUGCAUAUGAAGAGAAACUUCCUCACUGCCAAUAUUCUGCAAUCAUUCUGUUUGUUCAUCAGUUUCUCAGACAAAGAGAAAUUCUCUUUUGAAUUCUCUUUAUUGUUUAGAAUGUGUACCUCAAUUUCCUUUAGCUCCUUUUCUGAUGCCCUAUAUUCCAUCAGUUUUCUUUUUUAGAUUAUAUGGCUUAUUUUAUAUCUCUUAUUUAGCCUUCUUGCCUCUGUGCUCCCUUUUUACCUCUAAAUAUGUUUAGUGUGUGUCCGUGUGAAGUCUUUAAGCUGACCUAGCUUAAAAUAAUUCUUUAUUACAGAAAUAGAUUGCAGAUUAUAUUGUUCUAUAGCCAGCUGGACAGUUUAUUCCAUCAUCCUCAACUGGCUAAUUAGUACCAAGAUUUUCAGUGCUGUAAGGUGCUAUUCUCUUCAGAAGGAGUUCUGUAUCAAAAUAUGCCAACCUGUUUCCUCAAGUUUUCUUGCUCUGUGCUAUCACUUUCCUAUCUUGUUCUCUGGUAGUUUCAAAUUUCUUUUUUUUUUAACUGGCAUUAUUGUUGAAGUGGUUAAAAAGUCCCAUAAAAGAAUAUUAUGCAUAUCUUUCCUUAAUAUUUAACCAAAGUUUGGGAAGUGAAACUGCAGAGCGCUAGAGAGAUAUUCACACAUCAUAGUAUCAGUUAUUCAGAAUCACAUAUACACAUAUUUUGACCAUUUUGUUUUCAUUUGAUAUAAAUUUCAAAACAUUUUUGCGUCAAAUUGAAUGAGAAUUGUACAAGAACAAAACAACUGUUCAGUGUAGUCCUGUUGUUUCUUGCAUACAUUUUAUGACAGUUAUGUUUUUAGAUCAAACAUGAUCAGGGGUUUAACCAAUGAAAUACUGUUUUCACUGUGCAAAACGCAGGUGAUUGUAACCUUAGAGUUAGUUAGAUUUAACUUGCUCCAAGCAUUCUGAAAUAGUAUAAAUAUUCAUUCCGUUAAUAUAUUCCAAGGAACACUAAUUAAAAACAUAAGAGUUCAAAGGAUAAUUAUCACUUGCAUAGAACCAUUAUGUAAAAUGUGACUGUUAUGCCUUAAAAAGGUGGAGGCAAAUUAUCCUAAGGCCCUGCCAGCAGAUUUUACCUUGUUUUUUUCUGACUUCAUUAUAUUAUAUUAGUUAACCAUCUUUACAAAGUAAAAGUGGUUCCCAAAGAAAUCGUGGAAUAUAUAGAGUGCUUAGUACUAAGAAUUUUCUAUUACAGAUAAUCUCUCUUGCAGAGAACCAUUAGUUCCCAUGACACAAUAUGGUAGCAUACUGCUAUAUGUUUUCAAAUGGUUGAUCCUUUUUAACUAUGCAUGGAAUUUCACUGAUUUGAUGAAUCAGCUGCAAUGAGUGGGAACACCUACACAGAAAAGAAACAGAUUGAAUCAACAAGACACCAACCUUUUUAUACUGCUUUAUCAUAACAUUCUGGGUAUCUUCAUUUGUCUUGCCCUUUACUAUGUUAAAUUAUACCAACUGCUAUAUUUAAUCUUAUACCAUCAGGAGAUUUACACUGAAUGUAAAUACUGAAUAGCUCAUGCAAAAAUUAUGAUGUUUCUUUCUGAAAUAAAAUGUUU